CUGGGUGUCUUGGCGUGCCAGCCAGGAAGACAAGCUUCCUAGAUGGCCAGGAGGAACACAUGGGUGUGUGGCUGAGGAGCCCAGCCCUCACCCCAAGUGACUCGGAAGUAUGAGAUGCCUUUGAUUUUUGUUACGGGUAAUGACACGGGUGGGGAAGAACCUCAGGAAAUGCUUGCGGAAGGAGCAGUGCUUGCCCAUCAGCACCCUGCAGGCAGCUGAGGGUUGGUGAUGCUCAGCACCAUAAAGGAGCUGCCUGUACCUGCACUCAUAUGGAGAUCCUGGGAGGCCAGGGCAGGGCUGUCUGCUCCCAGCUGGAACGUGGGAGGAGUGAUCCCUCCAGCAGCAAGAGCUCACCGCCGGCCUGGGGAGGGGACCACAUGCCUGCUAGCAGGACUGCAGCCUCCCAGCCCUGAGCCAUGCUGUAAGGUGGGGACACCAGCCAGCAGUGAGAGCAAUGGCCCAGUCUCGUACCAAUGGCUCGCACUAUGCCCUGACAGCGAUAGGGCUGGGGAUGCUCGUCCUCGGCAUCAUCAUGGCUGUGUGGAACCUGGUCCCUGGCUUUGGCCCCGACAACAAACCAACCACCCAUGCUGGGAACAGCAGCAAGCCCGACCGUGGCAACGGAGGCAUUCUGAAGAGCAAGACCUUCUCGGUGGCAUAUGUGUUGGUAGGGGCGGGUGUGCUGCUGCUGCUGCUCUCCAUCUGCCUCAACAUCCGCGACAAGAAGAGGCAGAGCGAGGACAUUGUUCGUGUGCAGCACCAAGUGUCUGUGGAGCCCUCACACCAGGAGGACAGCCAAGAAGAGGAUGACGACACAUCCUCCCAGUACUAUGUCCCCAGCUACGAGGAGGUGAUGAACACGGGCUACUCUGAGCCCAGAGACUUGGACAGGAGCACCAGGAUCAGCGUCUCCCUGCCCUCCUACGAGUCACUGACGGGGCUGGAUGACAGCACCGCAGCCCCCAGCGCCGCGAGCACGGAGCCGGGCACGGAGCAGCCGCCCGGGCGCCACAGCUCCCGCCUCAGCAAGCGCCUGAAGCCACUCAAGGUGCGCAGGAUCAAGUCAGAGAAGCUGCACCUGAAGGACAUCAGGUUAAACCUGGCACAGGGGAACAGCACUGCCCCUGUCACGAUAGAGCCGCUCACCCCCCCGCCCAAGUACGAGGACAUCCAAGAGAAGGUGCCAGGGAGCCAGCAAAUGACUUAAACCCUCACCAAAAAAGCUGGAACCUGUGAUGCAGCUGGGAUUUGGGGGAUUUGGGGGGUUUUAAAACAACCACACUAAGAGGGGCUUGGUCUGUGGGUGCACAAGUGGUCAGGGCUUCCUGAAACCUGCAGUGUGGAGAAUGCAAUAGGUGCAUAGUGCUGCAGCACAGGGGCAGGGUGAGUUUUCCCUCGUUACAGAAGACUGUGGGGAGAGAGACCUGGAUGCCAGUGAGUC